UCUCUCUCUCUCUCUCUCUCUCUCUCUCUCUCUCUCUCUCUCUCUCUCUCUCUCUCUCUCUCUCUGUGUGACCAUGUUUCAUCCAAUGAAUUCCACUCUGUUAGAAAACAAACGUCUCUCAACAACUCCCUUGCUCUCUGCCUCAGCAACAAGCACCAGCAGCAGCACGAGCAGCGAGGCCGAUGGCAGCCCGCCGGAUUCAGGCCGCUUUUCGCUCCAAGAUCAUGUCAAGUAUCAAUUCCCCUGCGUACCCUUAUCCGGGUCCUUCUCGUAUCGAUCGUUGGCGGUGCUCCCCGGACAUGUAGGCUCGGUUUCGUGCUUGGCCUUGUGUGGUGAAUUCAUCCUCAGCGCCUCACAAGGCAAAGACAUCAUAGUCUGGCAACAGCCGGAUUUAAGGCCUUUCACGAAAUUCGGACAAGGCGAUGGCAGCGUCAAGGCGGUUGUUGCUGUCGGGAACAAGGUUUUUACAGCGCACCAGGACAGCAGGAUCAGGGUUUGGAAGGUUUCGCGGAGGUCGGAGAAUGUCUUUAGGCUUGUCGACACGCUUCCCACAACGAAAGACUAUUUGGGGAAGUUCAUGAAGCAGAGUAACUAUGUCCAAACUCGGAGACAUCACAAGCGACUGUGGAUCGAACACGCGGAUAGUAUAUCGUGUUUGGCUUUCCAUAACGAGUUGAUUUACUCUGGUUCAUGGGACAAGACGCUCAAGGUGUGGAGGAUCUCGGAUUUGAAGUGCGUAGAGUCGAUUAAGGCUCACGACGACGCAAUCAACGGCUUGGUGGCAAGUAAAGGGACUGUGUAUUCUGCUUCUGCAGAUGGGAAAAUCAAAGCUUGGGGAAGAGAGGGGAAGAAGAAGAGCACACAUUGUUUGAAGGGUAUUCUGGAGGGGCACAAGGAUGUUUCGCUUAACUCCGUGAUCGUUUCAGAGGAUGGGAGAUGGGUUUAUGGGGGCGGCUCUGACGGGUUUGUGAUGGGAUGGGAAGCGAGUAAUUGCAGUACUAAUGGUGGUGAUGUUCAAAACAAACUUGUGGUAAGUUGGAAGCUGGUUUGCGAAACAAAAGCGCAUGGGAUGGCGGUUUUGUCGAUGUGUUUGAUGGGGGAGAUGCUGUGCAGCGGCUCGGCGGAUAAGAGCAUCGGCAUAUGGAAGAGGGAGGCUUUCGGUAAGCUAUGUAAAGUUGGGGUAAUUAGCGGCCAUGAAGGACCAGUGAAGUGCUUGCAGGCAGCACCAAAUAACGUCGGUGGCGGAUUCAUGUUGUACAGUGGAGGACUUGAUAAGAGAUUGAGAGUUUGGUGGGUUGCAAAACCUUCUAAAACCAGAGAGGAAGAUACCAAUUCAGUAUAAAGUUCAGAGCAAUUUCCCAUUAUUUUGUGCUACGAUACAUUUGAAGCACCCAUCUUUUUUAAAGGUGUGUCUGCAGGGCCUUGAAGUAAAGGGACUCUGUUCAUAGUUUCAGAAAGAUUAAAGAGUUUACUGAGGUAGAGAAAGGGCAAUUUUGAAACCUCAAAUGUUUUGGAGUUGGUUUUGGGUUUGAGUUUAUGUUGUAACAUUUUUUUUUGUUUUACUUUUUUUCAGAGAUUUGUGUGUAAAGUUCUAGGAAUACAUUUGCAAUCAAUUGUAUUUACGAUUUUCA